UUUGGGUUGGCUUCAAGUUUCACUUUUGGAACUGUUGCUGUGUCUUGGAACUGCUUCUGUGGCAUACUUGUAUAAGUUCCAGUUCGCUCUUCUGGGUCUGCCUGAAGUUAUACUUUUGUAACUGUUCCUGUGUCAGACUAUAUAAAUCUCAGUUUGUUAUUCUGGGUUUGUUUCAAGUUUCACUGUUGUGACCUUUUGUGCAUUUAUGUUCCUACUGUAUGAUUUCAUCUGUAGAGUGGUUUAAGGGCCAACUGAAUUUUUGCACACUUUCCUUCAUUUCUGUUCCAAGUGCUAGUUUACGGACUUCCUAGUCUCAGUGGGUGAAUUAAGGGUCUAGAAUCAAUCUUCUGUGAUUGUUUGCAGUAGUCAUGGCAUCAGUUAUAGGUUUUGGGGGACCUCACUUUUUUCCAUUAAUUUCCGAGAGUAAGCCUCCCUUUAGAGUGCAAGUUAGGAGUUUACGCAAUCAGGAUGCAUCAGUUUUGUCUUCAGACUCAGUUGUAGUGAAUGGAGCUUCUGUAGUUGGGGAGAGCGAGGGAAGUAGGCCUUUAAUGGAUCAAGGGAAUGGCAGUUUGAGGCAUAAGGUUAAGGAGAAACAGAAGAUACAAGAUGGUGUUCUUGAAAGUUUGGAACCUUUGUGGGAUGACGGGUAUGGGACUGUGACCGUCAAGGAUUAUUUUGAUGCAAAUGAGGAGAUGAUUAAGCCUGAUGGUGGUCCUCCCCGAUGGUUUAGCCCCCUAGCCAGCAACCCUCCCUUGAAGGAUUCUCCACUUCUAUUGUUUUUGCCCGGGCUGGAUGGUACUGGGUGGGGGCUCAUUUUGCACCAUAAAGCUCUUCAGAAGGUCUUUGAAGUUCGAUGCUUGCAUAUUCCAGUUAAUGAUCGCACACCAUUUGAAGGCCUGGUGAAAUUGGUGGAAGAAACUAUUAGGCUUGAGCAUGCUUCAUCUCCUAACAAGCCAAUCUAUUUGGUUGGAGAUUCAUUUGGAGGAUGCCUAUCACUUUCUGUUGCUGCACGCAAUCCUACCAUUGACCUAGUUCUGGUACUAGUCAACCCAGCAACAUCCUUCGACAGGUCUCAGUUACAACCUUUACUCCCACUUUUGGAGGCUAUGCCGGAAGAAUUACAUAUUACAGUUCCCUAUCUUCUCAGUUUUGUUAUGGGUGAUCCAUUAAAAAUGGCGAUGGUAAACAUCAACAGUACACUUCCUCCAAGCUUAAAAUUGAUGCAAGUGUCUCAGAAUCUCACAGCUUUGCUACCAUAUCUCUCUUCGUUGGCCGAUAUUAUACCAAAAGAAACUCUCAUGUGGAAGCUUAAGCUGCUCAAAACAGCUGCUGGUUAUGCGAAUUCCCAUCUCCAUGCUAUUAAAGCUGAAGUACUUGUGUUGGCUAGUGACAAGGAUAACAUGGUUCCCAGUCGAGAUGAAGCAGAACGACUAAGGAGCUCAUUACAGAACUGUACAGUUCGUCACUUCCCGGACAAUGGGCAUACCCUAUUACUGGAAGAUGGGGUUAAUUUGUUGACAGUUAUAAAACGUACUUUCAAAUAUCGUCGUUCGAGGAAGCGUGAUAGUUUCACAGAUUUCCUUCCUCCUAGUAUGGCAGAACUCAACUAUACAUUUGAUGAAGAACUCAGACUGUUACGUUUUGCUGCUGGUUCUGUUCUUUUUUCAACAAUGGACGAUGGAACAGUAGUGAGAGGUCUUGCAGGAGUUCCAAAUGAAGGACCUGUCUUAAUUGUUGGCUAUCAUAAUUUACUGGGGCUGGAAAUGUUUUCAUUGGUUGGAGAAUUUUUAAGAGAGAAGAAAAUAAUGGUUCGUGGUUUAGCACAUCCAGAACUUAUGUUUGGAAAGAGCUCAAGUAAUUUUGACAAUCUCAGAUUAUUUGGUGCACUCCCCGUAACGCCAAGAAAUCUAUUCAAAUCACUUUCGUCAAAAUCACAUGUUCUCCUGUAUCCUGGUGGUGCACGUGAAGCUCUCCAUUACAAGGGUGAAAAAUACAAGUUAUUCUGGCCUGAGGAACCUGAAUUUGUCAGAAUGGCUGCACGUUUUGGGGCCACGAUUGUACCAUUUGCAGCUGUAGGAGAAGAUGACUUACUCGAAUUGGUUCUCGACUACAAUGACAUAAAGAGCAUCCCUGUGGUGGCUGAUAUUGUCAACGGUGCUCAGAAUGAUGCAAUAAAAUUGAGGGAGGACAAGAGUGGAGAAGUUGGCAAUCAGGGCCUCUUCUUUCCGGGAGUUCUGCCUAAGGUACCAGGUCGCUAUUAUUAUUUGUUUGGGAAACCAAUAGAAACCAAAGGAAGGGAAGAGAUCCUGAAAGACAAAGACAAUGCAAACAAAUUGUAUCUCGAAAUACAAUCUAAAAUUGAGCAAAGUUUAGCAUACUUACUUGAGAAGCGAGAGAAGGAUCCUUACAGGAAUGUUAUUGACAGAACAGUAUAUCGGGCACUGCAUUCCCCACUAAAUACAGUUCCAACAUUUGAGCCUUGAACAAUUGGUUUCGAGGAACAAGCUCUUCUUGGUUUUCACUGUACGGUAGUACAAGUAAUUCAUGGGAACAAGGAUGAUGUUGCAGACACAACAGAUCAUAUUUGUCUCUUGAUACUGAAUCAUGAAUUGAAACCUAAAGUGAUGGCGGAGUUUCAGCUUAAACUGUCCCUG